GUGUAAUCAAUUAGCAAUAAGAAGAGAGAGAAUGUGUAAUGAUGAAACUCAAUUGAAAUUAAAUUGAUUGAAAUUUUCUUCUUUUUUUUUGUAUAUAAAUAACUCAAAUUUUCAUUCACUGCCUAUAUUAAUUUUUCUUUUUGGUUUUUGAAAUUUUAUUAAAUUUUUUUUUCUAUCGAAAUCAUGGAAUUUCCAGACCUUGGUAAACAUUGUGCCCUCAAAGAAUGUAAUCGUCUUGAUUUUCUACCUAUAAAAUGUUCAUCAUGUGAAAAAAUCUAUUGUUCAGAACAUUAUAUGUAUCAGGCUCAUCAUUGUGAAUCGAAUCGAAUUCAAGAUCAUCAGGUACCAAUAUGUCCAAUGUGUAAUUGUCCUGUGCCAUUAAAAUUUGGUGAAUCAUUGGAUGAAAAAGUUGGCGAACAUAUUGAUCGUAAUUGUGAUGGUAAAUCAAAUUCUAAGACGAAAGUAUACAAAAAUCGUUGCUCUGUUGAUGGCUGCAAACAAAAAGAAUUAAUGGAACUUGAAUGUGAUAAAUGUGGACUUAAUCACUGUUUACGGCAUCGUCAUCCAGCCGACCAUGAUUGUCGUGGACGUAACAAUAAAACAAAAUCAAUUCAUCCAUUGGUGGCUAAAUAUGAUAAAUCAAAUAAACAAAAUAAUUCAUCAAUCACUGUUCCUAUAAAAUCACAUACCAUUCCACAAUCGUUGAAUUCAUUUACACAGAAAAGUCUUUCUACUAUUGAUCAAUUUAAGACGAAUGUUGUACGAACAUUUCAAAGAAAUACAGUCGGCUCCAAUUCAAUGAUUCCAGCAAGUCAUACAAUCAAUUCAAAUAUCAAUCAUUUACAAGGCGAUCUUACAGAAGAAGAAGCAUUGAACAUUGCCAUUGCUGAAUCACUUUCAGUGAAUACUCAAAGUCAACAACCACAACAACAACAACAACAGUCUGUAAACAAUCGUACAAAUAAUCAAGAAAAUUGUCAAAUUUUUUAAUCCAAUCAUCAUAAAGUUAUAAAUCUUGGUAGGAAAAUAUGUUCAUUGGCUUAAAAUAUUGUUGUGACGGCCGUGGCCAUUAUGUUAUUUCAA